AUGCAGUAUAUCAUCAUAGGUGGAUUAUUCGUACUGGCAAAUCUGCAUUUUAACCAUCACAACGCAAUGGGUGUAGCUAAUCAUCUGCCGGCACCGCAGGAAAACAGAAUCAUCAAAAAAUUUUCACCCCAUCCCUACUUUGACUUCGAUGUGCCUCGGAACAUAACGACCCGCGUCGGCCAGACGGCUUUCAUCAACUGUCGGGUCGAGCAAAUGGGUGACAAAUCGGUCUCCUGGAUCCGGAAACGAGAUCUACACAUCCUGUCAGCAGGCACAGCCGUCUACACGUCGGACGAACGAUUUCAGGUGAUACGUUCGGAUAAGGCGGAAAAUUGGACACUGCAAAUAAAAUUCGCCCAGCAGCGAGACUCCGGCAUAUACGAGUGUCAAGUGAACACGGAACCAAAGAUGUCAAUGGCAUUUCGACUGAACGUUGUAGAGGCCAAAGCAAUUAUCCUCGGACCAACGGACCUAUACGUAAAAAUGGGCAGCGUUGUGACGCUUACAUGCAUCAUCAGCCAGGGACCACAUGAUCUAGGGACAAUAUACUGGUACAGAGGGUCAAAUCUCGUGCAGCCCAUCGAGUUGCAUCCCAACGAUCCUUCAUUAGCAUAUCCACAUCGAAUAUCGGUAGAGCUGAAAUGGACCGAAGCACUCACGUCACGGCUGAAAAUUCUCGAUGCCAAGCUGGCCGAUUCGGGGAAUUACACGUGUCUGCCAACGUCAGCGGAAGGAACCAGCGUAAUGGUGCAUGUGAUAAAUGGCGAGCAUCCUGCGGCGAUGCAGCGCGGUUGUGCUACGACCGCGAACAAAGAUCAGCACCGGUGUGUGCAGCUGCUGACGCUGACGAUGCUGAUGGUGGUGAUGCUAACGCUCGUCUGGCAUCGAACCGAUCUCAACACCUUCGUGAGACCGCGGGCGAUAGCUUUGUCAAGUCGACGAACCACCCCCGGGACUUUGUCAGAGUGUAAGGUGAUAACGGACCGUCCCGUCGGCACACUGGCAGCAUCGUACUGCGCGUAA